AUGCCGGAAGCAGAAGAGGAGGCACGGAAAACCCAGCAACAUUUAUCAUGUGUUGUAGUCAUUCCUCCCCCAUUCCCACUACAUGAAUUAAAACUGUUUGCUUUAUUCCAUUUAACCUGUUUAAAUGUUAAGUUUUCUAUCUCCUCUAGCCCUUCUCUCCAGUUUGAGGCAGCUUGGGCCCUGACCAACAUUGCCUCUGGGACUUCAGCACAGACUCAGGCUGUGGUUAAAUCCAAUGCAGUGCCUCUCUUCCUGCGACUGCUGCACUCUCCCCAUCAUAACGUCUGUGAACAGGCUGUCUGGGCUCUGGGAAACAUUAUCGGUGAUGGUCCACAGUGCAGGGAUUAUGUAAUCUCUCUCGGUGUGGUCAAGCCGCUUCUUUCUUUCAUCAACCCCUCAAUCCCCAUCACUUUUCUCCGCAACGUCACUUGGGUCAUUGUUAACCUCUGUCGCAACAAGGACCCGCCACCGCCCAUGGAGACUGUGCAGGAGAUUUUGCCGGCCCUUUGUGUGCUAAUAUACCACACGGAUAUAAAUAUCCUAGUCGACACAGUGUGGGCCCUGUCCUAUCUGACGGAUGGUGGUAACGAGCAGAUCCAGAUGGUCAUUGAUUCAGGUGUCGUUCCAUUUCUUGUGCCUCUCCUCAGCCACCAGGAGGUGAAAGUUCAGACAGCAGCUCUGAGAGCAGUUGGAAACAUUGUGACGGGGACAGACGAGCAGACACAGGUUGUCCUCAACUGUGAUGUCCUUUCUCACUUUCCCAACCUGCUAACACACCCUAAAGAAAAGAUCAACAAGGAAGCAGUUUGGUUCCUGUCCAACAUUACAGCCGGGAACCAGCAACAAGUCCAAGCUGUGAUCGAUGCUGGACUGAUUCCUAUGAUCAUUCACCAAAUGGCCAAGGGUGAUUUUGGCACUCAGAAGGAGGCAGCGUGGGCAAUCAGUAACCUCACCAUCAGUGGGAGGAAAGACCAGGUGGAGUUCCUGGUGGAGCAGCACGUCAUUCCUCCCUUCUGUAAUCUCUUGUCAGUGAAGGACUCCCAGGUGGUGCAGGUUGUCCUGGAUGGUCUGAAAAACAUUCUCAUCAUGGCUGGAGAUGAAGCUAGCACCAUUGCUGAGAUCAUUGAGGAGUGUGGAGGUUUGGAGAAGAUAGAGAACCUCCAGCACCAUGAAAAUGAAGACAUCUACAAACUGGCAUUUGAGAUUAUUGAUCAGUACUUUUCAGGAGAUGAUAUUGAUGAGGAUCCCAGCUUGAUUCCUGAAACUGCUCAAGGAGGAACCUUCAGUUUUGAUCCAGCUUCCAGCAUGCAAACAAAGGAAUUUGAUUUCUAGAGACAGGAUCCUUUUGGUUCAACCAGCUGCACGGGUACUCUGUAAUCACCCCAGACACUCACCCAUCACUACUCCAACCUGGCAACUUGGUACUGAAGGAUUUAAUUAGCAUCAUUUCACCAUGGAAACGUGCUGUUGAAGGAUUUUGCCACUCCCAUGUCUGGUCAUUGGGGUGCUUUGGAAAUGGUCAUCCUUCGCAGAACUCAGCCACCCUACACUGGAGUCCCGCUCACUUGUUUUCACCGUCUGGCAACCUGCAUCAGGAGGAUUUGCCAGCAAUUCCUUUACCAGUGCUUCUGAAUCUCUCACAGUUCAAAGCAGAAGGAAGAUGGGCCUUCCCAGUAAGGUUUAAUUGCCAAACUUCGGUCUUCACAAAGACGAACACACAAGCACAUUUUUCAGUCACGAACCAUACGCACUGUUUGACACUUAGAAUUUGUGUGCAUACUUCUGUUCGAUGCAUCAUAUCACUUAUGGGGCAGAAAUACUGCUGUUUUCUUUGUGCUUAAUUUUUGUGCUUUCCCUCUCCUGGAUUGUUGAUUGGUGUUUAAACUCACCCACACGUAUGUACAUGAGCACAUACAAACAGCCUCCUGAUAACCAGGCACCCAGAGAUCGCACUCACCCAAUUUAAUGAGUUAAGCCCAGAGCGAAGCCAAGACUAACCACAGACCCCCACCGCCCUCCCAGGGGUGCUCAGGGACGGGUGGGAGGGGCUGUAAGGGCUCCAAGGCAAAAAGGAUUCAUGGCAAACUGACUGAUGAGAUGUUAGGCUCCAUGACGUCACUUUUCUUACGCAACCUUUGUUGACAUAUCAAACUUUAAAGGAAAUCAUCAAAAAUGUGAAGAAAACGUAACUUUUUUUUUUCUUGAUUACAGAAACUGUAAUUAAGACCUGCUGCUGACUAAGCAGAGCGGGAAGUUUUUUAUUUUUAAGUGUGAAUAUCUGUCAUGGGAGGAGGCACCCACAGGUGAAAGUGCAGCAACUUGAAAGGAACACGUCAGCUGUUGCUUCCCCCCCAAAGACUUUUGGAGCAGCACGAGAUCUGCCAUGUCCUCUGAUCCAAAGGUCUCCACUCGGGACUCUUCUGUAAUGUGAAACUCGAGAGGUGUUACUGGAGAAGAAAAAUAUUGACCUAUUAUUUUGGAUUCAAACAUUUUAGGUUUCAGUAUCUCCCCCCACCACCACCCAUGUUUUCUGCAGUCUUAAUGCACACGUCUUGACAGGCAUGCCAUCGUCAGGACUACCACUCUCCGAAGACCAGACCGGCGCAGCCUGCAGGUCUCCCAGCCUUCACAGCACAGAGAUCACAUGUCGCCACAGAUUUGAGUAACUGUACAAAAUGUGAUGUGUGUCUCUUUACCGUCUAAUGGAUGAUAUAAAUGUAUUUACAUAAAGCCUGUACAGAGUUGCUGCAGCUGACAGUUGUUGGAUGGACACUGUCAGAAAGCUGGGGAGGUUUUUUGUUUUUGUUUUUUUUAAGCAAUAUUUCAUUUUUAAUUUUUAACAUGUAAUGACAGCUGAUAAAUCAGAAGCAGCGCUUUUGUUUGUAGUAGUGACGGACUGUGUAAAAUGUACCGUCCCAGUUGUGGGACUGGGCUUGUGAUGUUUGAAACUUGGAGCCCAGUCCUGGUCUUGUAGACUUACUGAUCCUCUGUUUGGCUGCUAACUACUGAAAGGGGGUCAGUGCAGUGGGUCACCCUGUGGGAUGUGAAAUAUUGGGUGGGGAUAUUUCAAGUGGCCCAGGGUAUGUUUCUUCUUUUUGGGAGGUGGGGGGGGGGUGCUGUUUAUUAUGGAUGAACAAAAACCAUUUUGAGGGUGUACAGUGAUAAACUAGCAGACUUAGACCGAGCCACUUUAAAGAUUUACAAUUUUGUUGCCUUGUAUCGGAAUUGGAUACAAGCUUAUAUUUGCAAGAUUUUUACUUGCUAAUGAAAAGUUGUUUUAAAUAAAAUGAUAGAAGAAAAGCAACAGACAGCGUUUUGGCCUCUGAUUGUUUAUAUCUUUUUAUAAAAUUUUAGAUUGAAAUCUCUUUAAGGUGGCUCAUUGAUGCUUUCAACUCUUGUGCAUAUUAAAGAUGAGACUGAGUUGAAGAAAAAAAA